UGACCUGUGCCAAGGAAGGAUGUGCAAGAUAAAUGCAUGUUAAGUCGACAUAACCGUACAGCAGAAGACAAAGGCAAUCUCCUGGACAUAGCCUCUAUUGAUCCUGUUUUCAGGGGGGUCAAUCAGGAGUUCAGAUGUUUUUUCAACUAGAUUUAGAUCUACUGAAGCAACCGCAUAUGUUGACACAGGAAAUGAGUUAACCUACAGUACAACCCGCCAACCAACUUUCACCUGGAAAAUUGUGUCCACCAAAAGAAGUCCUUAUCUAAUUAGCAAUCAACUUAACAGCCAAUCAGCAGUAUAUGGGGUUCCUGGUUUCAGAGUGUGUCAACAACAACACCAACAGUACCACCCCUUUAGACCGGCUGGCUCACGUCAUUGGCUGGGUGACAUUUGCUGUGGGCCUUCCAGCCAUUGGAUUGGCAAUCUAUGCUCUAAAGCACAUGGCCAAAGGUAGGAAUGGAGUGCCUUUCCACAUCAUCAGCCUCCUUGUCUCAGAUAUCUUCAACUUCAUUGGCCGACCACAAGUCACCACACAAAGUGUCAUAUCCCCUGACAUGUCCAUGCUCAUCUUGUACUUUGGUGUUGUCUCAAACAUCACCUUCAUGGUGUGCAUAGCACAGGAGCGCCACCUGCAGACAGCCUGGCCACAGUGCCAGGGCUUUUUCACCAGAGUCAAAAGCACCGCCCUGUUCUCCAUGGUCAUGUGGGCGGCACCCUUCGCCAUCCUUGCUCUCGCGGUGCUCAAAUACUAUUUCUGGUUCGCUGUGACCCUGCUCCUCCCCUUCCCCCUCCUCCUCUUCUUCCUCCUGGACUCGUGGCGAGCUUUCCUCUGCUGCAGACUCUCUCCCACGCCGGAGAUGAAAAGAACCGUGGUUUCCUUGGCAAUCAUCCUAACCAAUUACACCCUGUUAUUCCUCCCCUUUGUGCUGAACAUCCUACUGGAGUCAUUGUGUUUUCUAGAGGAGGUGCACUACCUGGGGCUGGUAGCCAACAUGCUGCUGUACCUAACCCCCCUGGUGGACCCCUUCCUCUAUAUCUUCAUGACUAAAGGACCCAAAGAGUUGGCGAAGGCCCUGUCCUGUUGCAGGAAAAGAGAGAUGGAUCACCCAGAAACCAUCAGCACUGUGUCUGAGAUUGUCACAAGACUCUGAAAAUUUGUAUCAGACAUUCAUGUUUAACUAGCUAGCUACCUAAUUAACCCUAACACAUUUCCAUUAACCUGGCAGAGACAUUGGUUCCUAGGUCUUAGUGUUUUACUUGUAAUCAAAAGGCUUGAGCAACAUUCUGGACUGCUCUGCAAAAGGCCUGAGAUUGUGUGUUUUGGAUGUGAAUUAGUUUCAUUAUAUUUUGAUUGAAUUUGUAUUUAUAUUGGGAAACCACAAAGACUGUGGCUCGAUAUACCCCAAAGACUGUGGUUCGAGAUACCACAAAGACUGCGGCUUGUGUGUUCUGGAUUACCGCAAAGACUUCGGCCUGUUUUCAGAGGGGAGCCUGUCAGGAGACGCCCAUAUAAGCCUGUGUCCCAGCAUGUGUGCACGUACCGAGACGUGCACUACCAGACAGUCCGCCUGCCUGACUGACCCCCCAAUGUCGACCCCUUUGUCACCUUGCCCGUAGCGCUGAGCUGUGAAUGCAACAUGUGCACCAUGGACACCUCCGACUGCACCAUCGAGAGUCUGAAGCCAGACUUCUGCAUGACCCAAACGGCUUUUGAGCCUGCC